AUACGACGGUAUACCUGGUGUACUUGUAUAUAAAUAUAGAACAAUGUUAAUACCAUUACUCACAAUCAGCGAUACUAUCAAAGCAGGUGCAAACAUUAUACAUACAAUACGUACGAUGGUACAUCAGCUCAAAAUCCUACCGGUCACAGUUCUAUUGCAUGAAAUUCCUUCACUCUUCUCUCAUUUUCAAUCAGAACGAGAUGUCUGACGGUGAGAUGUCAAAUGGGAGAAAACAUACCGUGGAAGUGUUCACUAUUUCGUAUUCGCCUCCAGCUGAGUCCGCCGUCAUUGUGGACGAACCGAAUGAAUCGACGACGCCGUGUGACUUUGAGGAUGCCGUUAAAGCGACUGGAUACGGCCUGUACAACUACUUGCUUCUACUGGCCGUUCUUCCGGGAGGAUGGGCGAGCUUCUUUGACGUUACGACAAUGUCUUACGUGCUUCCAUCGGCCGAAUGUGACCUUCAGCUGACGCUAUUUCACAAGGGAGUCCUCAACGCGGUGACAUACGCCGGCAUGAUGACAUCGGCGUUCUUCUGGGGUUUCUUAGCUGACACGAUGGGGCGACGUUCUUUGCUAAUGGUCGGUUAUUUGGCCGAUUCUGUUUGCAAUAUUCUGAGUAGUACUUCGCAGAGUUUCCAAGUUUUACUUAUCUUCAAAUUCCUGAGUGGAAUCAUAAUAAGUGGUCCUUUUUCAAUCAACAUGACGUACCUGGCAGAAUUUCACGGCGUUAAGUGCAGGACUAAAGCGCUAAUGUGGCUCAGCAUGUUUCCCUCCAUGGCCAGCGUGGCACUUCCAGGCUUGGCGUGGAUAGUAAUUCCUCAGUCGUGGUCAUUCUCCCUCUUCGAUGGGACCAUCGUCUACAACUCCUGGCGAAUUUUCAUCUUGAUCUGCAGCGUGCCCGCAAUGCUGGCGUUCAUGACGCUACUCUACUUUCCAGAAAGUCCCAAGUUCCUAAUGUCCCAAGGCAAAAACGACGAGGCGAUGAAGGUUUUCCGAAGAAUGUACGCGAUAAACACUGGAAAACCGCCGGAGUCAUUUCCCGUGAAGGAACUCUGUCAGGAACGUCAGAAGAGCCAAACCGAAAGUUCGGAUGAGCCAAGACACGCCUCGGUCUGGGAGAAGGCUCGGAGUGGUUGGGCUCAGAUAAGGCCCCUCUUUCUAAAGCCGCAUCUCGCCCGGUUUCUCCUAAUUGUCGCCAUCCAGCUCGGAUGUAUGCUCAGCAUGAACACUCUCCGGCUCUGGAUGCCUCAGCUUUUCACAAUGAUGGAAAACUUUGAUUACGAGAAUCGCGAUGCCAGCUUGGGCGCUCCCGUUUUGUGCGACAUCAUACUGGCUUCGAACCCUUCAACCGUGACACGAGAUGAUGCGUACCUUAACUCUACGGUUUCGAGUACUUGCGUCGUGGCACCCGUUCAGAGCAGAGUUUACAUAAACUCGAUGAUCAUCGCAUGCACCUCUAUCAUAGGCUACAUGCUUGCCGGAAAUCUGGUCAAUUUAGUCGGCAAGAAAAACCUCUUGUUUAUGGCCUACGCGGUUCCAGCAAUGUGCAGCUUUGGGCUGAAUUGGUCACCGAAUUCAGACGUCACCUUGGCCAUUGUGUCCAUAUUUAUGGCGCUAGCCAGCCUAUCUGUCAACAUCAUCAUUAGUUUUAUCAUUGACUUGAUGCCCACGUCGCUCAGAACGAUGGCCGUCAGUUUGACAAUGUGCGUCGGUCGCUGCGGUGCGAUGAUUGGGAAUCUGUUAUUCCCGAUUCUUUUGAACGUUAGCUGCAUCGUUCCCUUCAUGUUUAUCGGGUGUUUUUUACUGGGUAAGUGUGGCGCUAAAGGAGACUAUUUUUUCGAGACUUUCUGUCUUCUGAAAUCCACUUCAUCAUUCUGCAAGCAUGUUCAAAACGGAGUCAGGCAAACAGAUAUGGCAAAUACCACGCAGGCCCUGGCAGCUCAUUUGCAUGAGCUGGGUGAACUUCAGCGUAGCGUCAGUGAAAAGCAAUCAGACCUGAGUUACAUGCACGACGAAGACAAAAUGCCCGACGAAGAGAAACAGGACGAAACGAAAGGGACUUGUAAGAUAUUCACCGUCUCAUUUCCAACCGAACCUCAGCCACCCGUCGGAGCUGUGAAUGAACACGAUGAAACGGAAACACCACGCGACUUCGAGGAAGCUGCUGAGGCCACAGGCUACGGACUCUUCAACUAUCUGCUUCUGUUGGCAGCCCUUCCGGGGGGAUUCGCAAGCGUCUUCGACUCUACAACGAUGUCGUACGUUUUGCCAUCGGCCGAGUGUGAUUUGCGUCUAACAUUGUUUCACAAGGGAGUUCUCAACGCUGUUACUUACACAGGAAUGAUGUCUUCGGCGUUCAUUUGGGGCUUCUUGGCUGACGUGAGAGGUCGACGGUCUUUGCUGAUAUGGGGAUACCUGGCCGAUUCGAUAUGCAACGUGAUGUGCAGCAUGUCGCAGAGCUUUUACGUCCUCGCGUUCUUCAAAUUCUUCACCGGAUUCAUCAUAAACGGCCCUUUUGCAAUCAGCAUGACGUACCUCGCGGAGUUUCACUCUUCCAAGCACAGAGCAAAGACGUUGCUUUGGUGCAGUUUAUUUCCAUCAUUGGGUAUUGUCGUGCUUCCAGGUUUGGCGUGGCUGAUAAUACCUCAGUCCUGGUCGUUCACUCUGUUCGACGGAGCCUUCGUCUACAACUCUUGGCGGAUAUUCAUCCUGGUCUGCAGCAUGCCUUCGCUGCUGGCAUGCUUGGCGUUGAUGUACUUUCCGGAGAGUCCAAAGUUCCUCAUGUCUCAGGGUCGAAACGCCGAGGCGAUGAAUAUCUUCCGAAAAAUGUACUCGAUGAACACCGGAAAAUCACCGGAAACGUUCGCGGUAAAGGAACUCUGCCAGGAGCGUCAAACGGAGCAAAUCCACGAUACACCAGCUGACCAGAAAAGCGCGUCCAUUUGCGAGAAGAUGCGAAACGGUUGGGCUCAGAUAAAACCGCUUUUCAAGAAGCCGCAUCUCGCCCGGUUUCUGCUGAUCAUCACAAUUCAGUUUGGUAGCAUCCUAAGUCUGAACACGCUGAGAUUGUGGAUGCCUCAGUUGUUCGCGAUGAUGGAAAACUUUGACUACGCCAACUAUGACUAUAGCUUGGGUAACCCGACUCUGUGUGAAAUCAUAACUAUGAAAAAUGACACUGAUUACGCGGUGAAUAGUUUUUCGAACGACACUGUUCCGAACACGUGUAUUGCGACGGUUGUUUCCAACAAAGUUUACAUAAACUCGAUCAUCAUUUCCGCAACUUCGGUGAUUGGCUACACCUUUGCUGGAAAAUUGGUGAAUUUGAUAGGAAAGAAGGUUCUCAUGCAGGUGCUCUACGUUGCUGCAGUUACCUGCAUUUUGGGACUUAAUUGGUCCUCGAGUUCGGACGUCACGUUAGCAAUUCUUUCCCUGUACACGGCUGCGACGAACAUCGCGAUCACCAGCAUCAUCAGCUUCAUCGUUGACCUGAUGCCCACGUCUCUGAGGUCCGAAGAGAACGAUGGCCGUGAGCCUGACCAUGUGUGUUGGGCGCGGUGGAGCGACGAUUGGAAAUCUCCUCUUCCCGAUACUUCUAAGCGCAGGAUGCAUGUCACCCUUUGCGUUCGUCGCAGGGUUUUUAGUCGUCUGCAUCGUGCUUACCACUUUCAUACCGAGACCUCCCACCAAAUUAACGUAAAAUACUCAAACAACGAUUUCUUUACGCUCAUCAAGAUCGUUCGUUUUUUUGUUUUUUUGUACCGAUUAUGCGUCGAUGGUUCCACAGUGUUAGAUUACUGUUCUUGUUUUCCAAAACAGUGCUCAUUGUGAACGCUACUCACAAUUAGGAAUUAGCGCACACAAGUGAACAGUCCGAAAAUACUCAUAUAUUGUAAAAUUUCAAGUUAACUGACGAGAUAAAAAUACGUAUAUUUAUGAUUAAAUUGUAGGCACGUCCUGCUAGGGUGCAGUGUACAUUUUUUCAUUUUUACUUUUAUGGCGGGUGUCUGGUAUAAGACGGGAAUAUUUUUUUACGAAAUAUACGAGCGUACUGAAAAUAAUAAUAUUUGUCUCCUCUUCUCAAACACAGUUCUGUCUAUUUUCAUUGACUGAGUUAUCGAAACAAAUGUUAAUUACUUUCGCAAAUAACUAGUUAGCUCUUCAUUCAUUGAUUUUGCAUCUGUACAAGCGAAAAAAUUUCACUUUCGUGAAUAAUUAUUAGAAUAAGCAGCUAUGUAUUAGGUAUAACUUGAAUUUUGUCACUCUGUAUGCUGAGCAGGUAAUCUGGUAUCGAUUAUCGCAUAUUUUAGCGAGCUUCGUUCAAGAAUAAUUUUUUCAUUACUGACAAAUGUAUGUUCUUCAAGGCGAUAGUAGAAUAGAAAGUAUCACGACGCACAGCCCGAAAGAGAUCGUUUAUUUUUUAAGCGAUUUUCGAUUUCCAUACACCAUUAACUCGCCAACGAAGAGCAAGUCAUGUCAUUGCGACACACCGUGCAAACAAUCCCGUAUUACAGCUGAUAAUUUAUUUCACGGAAUUCCAGAAGAGAACGAUGAUUUAUCGUCUAAAUUCACAUGAAAAUAUUUAACCAGGUUACAGCUGGUAUCAUCGUAUUUUCGAGCGGAAUUGUACAAGACUCAAGUGAAUAUUUGAUACAGAAGACGUUCGGAUCAUCUUUGUCAUUAUUUAUGAAUUCUCAGCAGCUGUUUAAUUUUUUUUUGUUUAUUUCACACUGCACAGCACAUACGUACAAGCAUAUGGUUAUGUAUCUAUGGACAUAAUGUAAUACACUGUAUACGUCUUACCUGCAGCAUAAAUUUAUCUCUCAGGGAAAACAGCUGUUAUUGUUUUUUGAGAAUUGGACAAAUCUCGUAAAGCUGAAUUGUUA